CUUGUUUAUCCUUCAAACCGUCUUCACCAACUUCCAUGCCUCUAGUAUCACCCUUCAAAAGCAAUCGACGCAACCCUCCAAGUCUCUAACUAUCUUUGAUCGCUAUCCUCCCUCUUUGGGCAAGGCGCACCGCCAUGGUUCGACGGUAGGUUGAUGUAAAUGCUGCGUCAGCAUGCAGAGUGGUUACAGAUGCACCGUAAUUGGACACAACAUCUUCAAUCCCUCCCUAGCUCGAAAUAUGCUCGAGGGGGGAAAGAUUGUGACCCCACCGCUGCUUAAAAGCCACCCUUUGUUUGCUGCUUUCUUCAUUAUCAAUCUCAAAACUGGAGGUUCCUUGAGGCGUGACAGGACCAGAAUCCUACGAACGCACAGUCCCUUUCGAAGUUCCACAGACGUCACAGCUUCGGGACGUAAAACAACUAUCGAAGACAUCCCGCUCUCAGCAAGGAUCCGAGGCACCUUCGCCGGUCGCACGCAGCUUUCAGUCCCACCGUUCUCCACCGAGGUAUUGCAGACAAAUUUUCACAACGCCGGCGCCGUCGCCACGUUACGUUACAAGAAUAUCCUCCUAGUGGACCCCGGCGCCGCGAUAGCCGUUUCCAAGCGCGCUCAGGCACGGUGA